GGAUUAGAUACAUCCAGCUCGGCAAAGUCCAUUACACCUCUCUCUCUCUCUCUCUCUCUCUCCCUCUCUCUCCCCCUCUCACUCUAGUUUUGAGCGUAUUCCUUCUUGAUCUUUCAACUUUGAUCUGCAAAUUUUCCUGAGCAAAUUUUGCUCACAUCACUAAAAUUCAAGAGAAAAUGAAGAAAGUGGUACUGCAAUUGGAGUUACAUGAUGAUAAAGGCAAGCAAAAAGCCAUGAAGAUUGUCUCUGGCCUCUCAGGGAUUGAUUCAAUAGCAAUGGACAUGAAAGACAGGAAAUUGACAUUGACAGGGGACAUAGACCCUGUGGUUGUGGUGGCCAAGUUAAGAAAGCUUUGCCGCACAGAGAUAGUCACAGUUGGACCAGCAAAAGAAGAGAAGAAGAAAGAUGAGCCUAAGAAAGAUGACAAGAAAGCCGAUGACAAGAAGAAAGAUGAUCAGCUUAAGGGCUACCCAUUCUAUUAUCAGAACCUUCCCAUCCAAACAUACCCUUACCAAGCAUACCCUUAUUAUAGAGCUGUAGCAGAGGAGGAGCCAAAUUCUUGUGUUAUUUGCUAAUUUUCUUAGAUUUUGAUGAAAACUAUCAAUAUGUCACUAGUUUGUAUCACUGUUUAUAUUUUAUAUUAAUAUCCAAACAUACCCUUACCUAGCAUACCCUUAUUAUAGAACUGUAGCAGAGGAGGAGCCAAAUUCUUGUGUUAUUUGCUAAUUUUCUUAGAUUUUGAUGAAAACUAUAGAUAUGUCACAGUUUGUAUCACUGCUUAUAUUAAUAUAUUUAUACUUCCUUUGACA